AUGAGUAAUAUUUUUAUUCAAAUAACUUUUCUUUUUCUAUUGCUUGUUAUGCCAGAAAUAACAAAAAGUGGUUGUAAAUCAAGUAAAGAUUCAGAAGUGAUUACUCCAAAUAUUAAUGUCUCUAGAACAACAGAUGCUUCUUCUUCUUCCUCAUACCCAAAUUUAGGAGAACGAAUUACUUGUUCUUGCGGACAAACAUUUUACGAAUGGGAGGAAGUACGAAUUGGUGAAAUUAACUUGAUUAAGAAUACAAUUAAAAUAUUUCAUGGAGCAACAGGACAGAUUUUCCAUGCUUAUUCUCAACAAACAAAUAAAUGUUUAAUUAUAAAAGAAAUUUUUUUAGAAGUGGAAGAUGAUCGAGAAAGGACAAGACAAGAAUGGAUGGCAAAUAAUGAAUUAAAUAUAUUAUUAUAUUUUAAAACAAGAAAUUUAAAUGAAAGAAUUGUUGAAAUUAUUGAUUAUGGUAAUUUAUAUGAAGAUAGAGGAAAAUGUUUUGUAAUGGAACAGGGGAAUGAAACUUUGUUUAGGUAUAUGAAUGAUGUAAAAGAUAGAUUUUCUACAAUUAAUAUAUCACCAAAUGGUACUAGUAGAAGAAUAUAUAGAGGUAGUUAUUUAUGA